AUGGCGAAAACAGGGACGGCUCUGGGGUGCGAACCAGUGAUAGGAUCGCUAACGCCGUCGAAGAAGAGAGAGUACAGAGUGACGAACCGACUCCAGGAAGGCAAGCGUCCUCUCUAUGCCGUCGCUUUCAACUUCAUCGACGACCGCUACUACACUGUCUUCGCCACUGUCGGAGGCAAUCGCGUGACUGUUUACCAGUGCCUUGAAGGGGGUGUCAUUGCUAUCUUGCAGUCUUAUGUUGAUGAAGAUAGUUUUGUUGGUCAUGGAGACUCAAUAAAUGAAGUCAGGACUCAAACAUUGAAACCAUCACUUGUGAUCUCUGCAAGCAAAGAUGAGUCUGUCAGGCUAUGGAAUGUACGUACUGGGAUUUGCAUUUUGAUAUUUGCUGGAGCUGGGGGUCAUCGCAAUGAAGUCUUGAGUGUGUGGAUAGCUUCUCCGGGGGAUAAAAGUUCACUACUUCUACUGGAUCUGUUUGAGGUAACUGAUAUUGCCACUGUAGAUGAGUAG